AUGGAUUUCCUAGCUCCGAGGGAGGAUGAGACCUGUACAGGUGACAAGCUAUGGUAUUCAUGUAGUGCUGGCGACUACAGUGGAUGUUGCUCAAGCAACCCAUGUACAACUGGCUCGUGUCCAGAUGAUGAUACUGCAACCACCUCUACAGAAACAAAAACCACCAAGACCACAUCGACUAAGACGACUAAGACUGACACAACCAAGUCUGACACAACUAAGACCGAUACAACCAAGACCACCAGUGACAGUACCACUACCACCUCGACGUCCUCAAGUCUCACCACAUUCCAUACAACAACAUCUAGCACCUCGACAUCCUCUACUACGAGCAUCGUGCAGAUAACUUAUUUACAUCAGUCAACUACGGCCACAUCAGCCACAUCCACAAACACAUCCGUCCAUAAAUCUACCAACUCAAGCAAUCAUGGAGCAAUAAUCGGCGGGAUAAUCGGAAGCAUAGCAGGUCUUCUUGUUAUUGUCGUCAUCAUCUUCUGCAUCCGAAGACGCAGGCGAUCAGCCAAAGAAUCCUACGAUCUCGGCUUCAAGCCCAAGCCCAUCUCUGCCACAGACACGCACUACAUCGGCUAUAGCGGCUCAGAUCCAACAACCAGCGCCUUCUACUCCAGAUCCCCAAUAGACUAUCGCUGUAAGCAUUUCCAACUGCUAUCAAUCCCAUCCAUUACUAAUAUCUCAGGUUUACCACGUCCAUUAUUCGACCGAGAAGCAAGUCACCUAUCCUCAUCCGAGCCAACCACAUUAUCCAAGCUUCUAGCACCACACAACAGCUCCAAAACCAGUCUAAGCACAAACACAAAAGUAGCAACAAGUACAACACUCACGUCUCCACUCCCAACACCAACACUACUCCCACCUCGAACCCAAAAACCAACACCCGAGUUACCAGAUACAGGCCUAAACCGCCAACGUGUCGAACUAGCCUCAUACUCCCAACGAGAACUGAUAAACAUCCCCCUCGAUCAACGCAUCCACCCCGAACCACAGCGUGACAAGGAUCAGAAACCCGAAUCACCGUGGGUAUCUCCUUUACUAUCUACUGGGUUCCCAGAUACAUCAGGUUCUGUGGAUCAGAUACGUAGUCCUGUUUCUCGAAUGACGAAUGAUGAUUCAGGACCCGUUAUGAGUAUGAGUCCUCCUCUCCUAGCACGGAGUACAGCUAGACAGCUUAUUACGAAUGAUGGAGUUGUUCUUGGUGCGAAUUUGGAUCACUAUUUUUCCUCUUCACCGAAGAAGGGAUCUACUGAAAGUCAGAAUGAAAAGAAGAGUCUUCCGAAAACUCCUGCAAAGGAGAGCCCGAAGCAAAGACCAAAGCCUGCUUCACCUCCUCAGGAACAUAUUAUGAGCUUUAUGAAUUUCGAGGAGUCUAUUUGUUCUGAGAACGAGGAUCCAUGUACACCGAAAAAGAACGAAAGCUCCCAUGAAGGGACUUUCUUGAAUAUGGAUUCGCCGCUUUCACCUAAUGCUGAGGGUUUACCGGUUUAUGAAGCUGGAGGGAUUGACAGUGUUGCUGAUAGGGAUUUCAAGUCCCCGUCUAGGACUAUGACUAUGAGUGGGAGAAGAGGAUUUCCUUGA